AUGUCGCCACGAGAGACCAACGCCACCUCCACCAGACGACGCUCCUCGUUGUCGUUUCGUUCGCGCCCACGUACAGCCGGUCAUGCCGCCCCGAUGUCGAAAGAGCUUGCUUUGGACACAUGGGAGGAGCCAUACGUGAUGGAAAUAUGCCAGGAUGACCACGCACCGGUCGUGGAAGAGAUCGAUCCGUUCCCGAAUGCGGCGCCCCGGCGCCGUGGUGCCAAAAGCUUUUCGAGUUUGAAGCAUCCCGUGGAUGGCUUGGUUGCUCUCGGCCGCCGUCUGUCCGUCAGUCUUCGCAACAAGCCUUCCAAGCAAGCACUUCCUCUCACCGAGGACAUCAAAUUGGUUGAUGAAGAUGAAGACUGUCAAUACAACCCUGUUUCGACCCAUGCAAACCAUAAGCGCAUGGCCUCCGGUAGCUGGGAUGCCCGAUCAACGAAAACACAUUGGCACCAGGGAUAUAGCCAGCAGACCUACAGCGUCAAUCGGCGUCCUUCACUGAAUAGUGUGUCUGCCCUACAGAGUUUCUAUGCCCCGACCGGCCGUGGGCGGCAGGCACCCCCAGUUCUGCCGAAUCACAUGUCCGGAGGUGCCGCGCGCGCUGCAGCUGCAGCGCAGAAUGAGCAAAGGGAGGCUGCGCGGCUGGCUAAGGCGGAACUAGAGAACAAGAUGCUCGAUAUGAGGGUUCCGCAGGACUCGGAGAGCGGUAUUUGUAUCGACCUGCGCGAUCGGUCGGAUGUGUCAGACGCCGAUUUGCUGGGUGUUAUGCGACUCGAUCCCGUGGCUCUCCUUCCGGCUGAGAUUACGUCACACAUUCUUUCAUAUUUGGAUCCUGAUUCCCUCAUGGACGCGGAGCUCGUGUCUCGUACUUGGUAUGGUGCGUCCUCUUCUCAUGUUUGGAGGCACGUAUUCCGCAAUUCAUAUGGCCGACGGCCAGCAAGUGAGACGGCCUCCAAGGUGAAGCUGUCAUCUGGCUUAGGGAAGUCAAUCCCGAACCAGGACUGGAAGAAGAAGUUCCUUGUUCGGCGCGCUCUCGAUCAGCGCUGGACAGAGGGCAAGGCUGCAGCCAUUUAUCUUCAAGGUCACGAGGACAGCGUCUAUUGCUCUCAGUUUGACGAGAACAAAAUCAUUACUGGCUCCCGUGAUCGGACAGUUCGUGUGUGGGACGCACACUAUCCGUGGUCAUGCAAGAAGAUUAUUGGACCACCUGCGGCCCGGACUUUCCGCCGUGGUCCAGUGAACAAUCCAACUGCCCAGGCCACGGGUUGCUCCCCCUUCGUGACUAUUACCCCGCCGUGGCCCACGCCGGAUGAGACUGCGAAGAUUACCGCACCAUUGGAGGAAGAUUCGAUAUACCACAGCGCAUCAAUCCUGUGCCUGCAGUUUGACGAGGAGAUCAUGGUCACAGGCUCUUCGGACUUCACCUGUAUCGUGUAUGACAUUAAGGACGACUACCGACCGAUUCGUCGUCUUUCCGGCCACCACGCCGGUGUGCUUGAUGUGUGCUUUGAUGACCGGUAUAUCGUCUCAUGCUCCAAGGAUACCACCAUCUGUGUGUGGGACCGAAACACCGGUGAGCUUUUAAGACAGCUCAACGGCCACCAAGGGCCAGUGAAUGCCGUGCAGUUACGCGGUGACCUUAUCGUGUCAGCCAGCGGUGACGGUGUUGCCAAGAUGUGGAACGUGAUCUCAGGCCAAUGUGUCAAGGAGUUCACCAGCAAGGACCGUGGCCUUGCAUGUGUCGAAUUCAGUGACGAUGGCCGGACCAUCCUCACUGGCGGCAACGACCGCAUAAUUUAUCAAUUCGAUGCUAACACGGGCGAGCUCGUCAACGAGCUCCACGGACAUUCGGGCCUCAUCCGAUCUCUGCAUCUCGACAGCGCGAAUAAGCGUAUCAUUAGCGGUAGCUAUGAUAUGAGUGUCAAGGUGUUCGACCGUGAUACGGGUGAUAUGUCCAUCAACUUCCCUGGCUGGACCACAAGCUGGAUGUUGAGCGUGCAGUCCGAUUAUAGACGCAUUGUUGCGACGAGCCAGGAUUCCCGGGCUGUUAUUAUGGACUUUGGAUAUGGUCUAGACGGGAUCGACCUGUUAGAGGAGUGA